AUGACAUUUGUGGGCCCGGAUAGUGAAAGAUUCUGGGGCUUGAGAGAAUAUGUGUCCGUCAUUUCUGGAGUACAAAAGUGUGCGUUGGACAUCGAGAAGUUCUCGAUGUCCGUAUUUAUCGAUAGUUUUAUAAUUUUAGAAUUUAGUAUAAAAGUUUGGUCACACGUUGAAAUAGAAGCGGAGGAUUAUUUCUUUCCAUUAGAACCGGUUAUUAACUUCUGCAAAAUGGCUGAUCAAUGCCAACAUGAUUUCGUACCGAUUUGUGGACAAGACUCUUUGGGUAUUUCUAGAAUGUUCAACGAUAAUUGUGAUUUGUAUGAAUACAACUGCGAUGAGAAAAAACAGUACCGUCAUGUUAGAGUAGAUGUUUGCAAAUAUGAAGCUGCUGCAAUUGAAAGGAUGGAAAACUGAACUACAAAUAAAAUGGCUAAUUAAAAAAAAACUAAAUAUACGACUGUCUUGUAAAAUCCAUUCCAUUUAUUAUAUUUUUUAAAUGAAUUACUAGUGCCGUUCGGAAUAAAGUAAGGAUUAUAAUGUUACCCCAUACAUCCUGAUUUGUUUAUUAAUUAUAGUUGAUUAAAAAAUUCACGCAAAAGACAAGAAAUCAUAAGGCUCCUUGUUUGGUAAUCUUUCAAUAAAUUAUAAGUACACUAGCUGACGCCGCGCGGUUUCACCCGCGUGGUUCCCGUUCCCGUAGGAAUUCGGGAAUAAUAUACAGCCUAUAGCCUUCCUCGAUAAAUAUCUAACACUAUCUAAAACUGAAAGAAUUUUCAAAUCGGACCAGUAGUUCCUGAGAUUAGCGCGUUCAAUCAAACAAACAAACAAACAAACUCUUCAGCUUUAUUAUAUUAGUAUAGAUAUUUGUAACUGAAAAUGUAACUGAAGUGCAUACAGGUACUAAGGUCUAAGAAGUACAUAACGCCUAAUUUAUAUAUUACUAGAAACGCCCCGCGGUUUCGCCUGCGUAUCCGUUUCCGUUUGAAUAUGGGGAUAAAAUAUAGCCUACGUCACUCACGAAUAACGUGAUUAAAUAGGUAAAAAAUUCAAAAUUGUUUCAGUAGAUACAGAGAU